AUGAUGGGAUGGUGGUCCUCCUCGGCGUCGUCCGCCUUGGACGAGCAGGUCAACAAGGCCACAAGUAGCAGCUUGGAGGAUAUAGCUUUGAACCUCGAGAUAUCCGACGUCAUCAGAUCCAAGACCGUCCCGCCAAAGGAAGCCAUGCGCUCUCUCAAGAAACGCAUCGGCGACAAGAAUCCAAAUACCCAGCUGAGCGCCCUGAACCUCACAGACACCUGCGUCAAGAACGGCGGCCAACAUUUCCUCGCCGAGAUCGCCUCCAAAGAGUUCAUGGACAACCUCGUCUCCUUGCUCAAAGCCAUCGGCCCAGCUUCGGUGAACCAUGACGUCCGCACCAAGAUUCUCGAACUGAUCCAGCACUGGGCCGCCGCGACCGAGGGCCGAUACGAGUUGAACUACAUUGGCGAGGUGUACAGGACACUACAAAGGGAAGGCUUUCAGUUCCCACCAAGGGUAUCGGUGUCUAGUAGCAUGAUUGACAGUAGUGCGCCACCCGAAUGGGUCGACUCGGACGUCUGUAUGCGAUGUCGAACAGCCUUUACUUUCACCAACCGCAAGCAUCACUGCCGUAACUGCGGAAACGUCUUCGACCAGCAGUGCUCGACCAAGACGCUGCCUCUGCCACACCUUGGGAUAUUGCAACCAGUCAGGGUCGAUGACGGGUGUUAUGCAAAGCUGACGGAUAAAUCUGGCGGCAGGGGAGGCGGCUACGGUCCGGAGCCUUCACCAUCAAAGUCAUCCUUUAACAAGCGCCAGUCCCUGUCUAUGCAACCUCGGAAUGCAAGAGUGGAUGACGGCUUCGAUGAGGACUUGAAAAAGGCAUUGGCGAUGAGCUUGGAGGAGGUUCAAAGUCACCAGAACGGCAGAGACUAUGUUGCCCCAGCCAACAACACGCGACACUCUCAUCCGAAAGUGAACGGGGACUCUACGAGCAAGGCAGCUGAAGAGGAGGAUGCCGAUUUGAAAGCGGCCAUUGCAGCUUCCUUGGCAGAUAUGGAAGAGCAAAAGAAGCAACACGCCGCUGCGCUAAAGGAGCAAACGUCGAGUGCGGGUAACGCGGCGCCCAGCACAUUUGCACUUCCCAAAAAUGAUUACGAGUUGACGCCGGUGGAAGCCGAGAAUAUCAACCUCUUUUCCACUCUCGUCGACCGCUUGCAGACCCAGCCUCCGGGGACGAUCCUCCGAGAACCUCAGAUUCAGGAGCUCUAUGAUAGUAUCGGAACGCUCCGUCCGAAGCUGGCGCGGACAUACGGCGAGACGAUGAGCAAGCAUGAUACCCUUCUGGAUUUGCACGCCAAGCUCCAAACAGCAGUGCGUUAUUACGACAGAAUGCUGGAGGAGCGACUUUCAAAAGCGUUCCACAACCAGAACCUAGGGGGCUACAACUUGCCUCCGCCUCGUCAAUCGUCCGGCCCUUACCCAAAUAUUCAGGCCAAUGUGCCUACCAACCACGCUGGUCCCGCCGAGAGCUUCUAUACUGGGGAACCCCAGCAAGAUUAUGGCAGACCAGCCGCCCAGCCAUCAUACCCUUAUCCUACCCAACCAACUCCUCAACCUCAAUAUGCCACCUACGAUCAACGUGCCUCGUUACCUGGCCCCUCCCAGCAUCAAUAUCCCCAGCAGCAGCAGCAGCAGCAGCAGCCACGUCAGGACAGCUGGAGGGCAUCUGCGCCGCCAGGCCAGUAUCCACCUCAGGCCAACUAUCCUCCCAGUGAAAGUGCUACCCCUCAAAUGAGCCAUCUUGCACUUCCUCAACAGCAACCCAAUGCUCCCGAGUCCGUCGGCACAACCCCGAUCAGCGACCCAAGUGCAUCCUUCUACUUCCAGCAACCAGGCCAAAAUCCUCUUGGCUCGCCGAGUGCUCCGCCGGAAGCAGCACCAUCACCUUAUCCAAAUCUUCAGCAAACAAUGCAACAGUACCCCCAACAGGCCCAGAACGGACCCGAGACGCCCACUCCAACUGCCCACGCGCAGCCAGCGCAACAACAGCAGCCUCCUCAGCAACAAGUGCCGCCUCCUCAGCAACAUCAGCAGCAACCACAAGCGCCGUAUUGGCAGCACCCGGCCGCCCAACACGUCCAGAUGCCAGUGUCAUCCUCGGCACCGUGGCAACAACCACCUCAACAGCAGCAGCAACCACAGUACAGCGGAUACCACCAGGAGGCCUUCCCAUCGGCCCCUCAGCACGCGAUCGCGCCGCCAAAGCCCGCAGUGGAGGAGGCCUUGAUUGAACUGUGA